AUGCCGGUGGAGGAGCGUCUGGCUGUGCCUCAUCCCGGUGGCUCCGGAGCUUGCUGGGUGCCUCCUCAGCUGGAAGACAGGAAGCUCUUUGUGGGCAUGCUGGGGAAGCAGCAGAGCGAGGACGACGUCCGGCGCCUCUUUGAACCCUUCGGCCAGAUCGAGGAGUGCACCAUCCUCCGAGGGCCCGAUGGAGCCAGCAAAGGUGGGCUUUGGGGAGCCCCCGCCGGGGCGCGGGCCGCCAUCACCAGCCUGCACGGCAGCCAAACCAUGCCGGGCGCCUCGUCCAGCCUGGUGGUGAAGUUUGCAGACACAGAUAAGGAGAGGACCCUGCGGCGGAUGCAUCAGAUGGCGGGGCAGCUGGGCAUCUUCAACCCCAUGACCAGUACCCCCCCGCGCAGCCUGCCGGGGGGCUCCGCCACCUUCCCCCGGGGGGCUGGGGACGCGUGCUCGGCUCACGCGGCAGGCUCCCGGGGGUGCUCCCCACCCCGAGAACACGCCGGACGAACCAGCCGUGCACCUAUCCCCACCGAAAUCCCUCCUCCCGUGGCAUCACCGCCUUUGCGAGCGUGGCAAUGCUCUCGGCUCCUACGAAACAGCGGGGAGCAGCUCUGCCCCGCCGCGGCAGUGCUCGGCCGGGAGCCCUCUCCCGCGGGAGCUGCUCAUCCCCGGGCUUCUCUUGCUUAUUCUCUCUUCCUUCUCCCUUCUUUUCUCUUCCCAGCUCAAAGCCCCACGGUGGCAGAUCCCCUCCAGCAAGCCUACGCAGGCAUGCAGCACUAUGCAGCAGCGUAUCCCACCGCCUACGCACCCAUCAGCCAAGCCUUUCCCCAGCAAGCGCCCAUCAUCCCGCAGCAGCAGCGGGAAGGUCCCGAAGGCUGUAACCUGUUUAUUUAUCACCUGCCCCAGGAGUUCGGGGACGCGGAGCUCACGCAGAUGUUCUUGCCUUUCGGCAAUGUCAUCUCUGCCAAAGUCUUUGUGGACCGUGCCACCAACCAGAGUAAAUGCUUUGGUUUCGUCAGUUUUGACAAUCCGACGAGCGCUCAGGCAGCCAUUCAGGCCAUGAACGGCUUCCAGAUCGGCAUGAAGAGGCUAAAAGUCCAGCUAAAGCGGCCGAAAGAUGCCAACAGACCCUACUGA